CCUGAUGCCAUGUCCCACUCACAGAGAUGGUGACUUCAGUGGUCUGGGGUGUGGUCUGCCAUUUGAAUUCUUUAAAAGACCCUUAGAGGAUUCUAAUCUGCAGACAAGUUUGGUGCCCACUGGGUUCAUUCACUGCCGGAUGUGUAAAUAUAACUGACCUUCCCACAACUCAAACACGUUCCGCCCUGUAAACAGCACACAGAGAAUGCUUCCACGUUGGCAUAUCCCAGGGCUCUGUCUGGCCUCAGCCUAGCUUCUCUGAUUUAUCAUCUACCGAACAACUUCUGGCACCGAAUUUUGUACUACCUUCAAAGCCAGACAUAACGAAUAAAAGCAAUGAAGGAAAAAAAGAGGAAUAAAUGUAGAACUGAACAGUCCUUCCUUGGAUUUGAAGAACUGAUGAGAUCGCAGCUACGGUUACAUCUGAAUUCUCUAGCUUUACCAUCCAUUGAAAAUAACUAGACACCUCUCAGCUAUAUAAACACUGCCCUGGGCAACUGGCCUGAAGGUGCCCUGUUUUAAAUUCACUAGUUGUUUUAUUUCCUUAUGGAAAAAGACAGUUUCCAGAAGUCAGAAUUAGAGAAAAGUAGGUCUUCCAAAAGAACUACUCCCAAAAGAAUUAUCCAUUUUGUUGAUGGAGACAUCAUGGAAGAAUAUAGCACCGAGGAGGAGGAAGAGGAAGAAAAAAAGGAACAGAAAACAAAUUCAACACAUGAUCCUUCUAAACUCUCGUGGCAGUCGUACUUAUGGUUUUGGGCAGGGCAAAUAGCAAGCACCUCAUUUUCUACAUGUGAAUUUCUUGGUGGAAGAUUUGCUACCUUCUUUGGUCUUACUCAACCCAAAUAUCAGUACGUGUUAAAUGAGUACUAUAGGACACAAAAUAAGGAAAGUGACAAGGAAAGUGAAGGGAAUGGGCCAAAGGCCCGGCCAACCAAGGUUCCUAAUGAAAAGUGUCAUCUGGAGGCUGGGGGCCAAGAGUAUGGAACCAGACAACAGGACACUGUGGAGGGUGUUCCUCGGCGGAGCGCCUCACCCAGGGAGGGCCUGGCACCUGAUUUCAGUUCAUAAUGGGCAGCAGGACUGUGGUUCCUCUGGAUGUCUGUUCCACCACCACUGACGACCAUGGCAACAGCCAUAGGUAGUGCUUCUGAGCCAGUCCUGAUUUUCAUCUCCUUGUGAUUUAUUCUCUAGCAUCCAGUGAUUGCAAAGCAGUGAUGAGAAUAAUUAUGGAUGCUUUCUCAAUUUUAUAAGCCUCCAACUCAACUCCCCCCCCCCAAACCCCCCUUCCCUGGUUGUGAUCUAUUAGUAUUGACAUUUGCACAGAAGUGUAAAUGACUUAAGGAAUUGGAUCUGGCAGUCUGGGGCUGAAACUCUUCAUCAUGGGGCUAGGGUGCAGAAAAGAAUCUCUUCCUCAGAAGAAACUUUGGGCAUGAUGAAGUCUAAAUAAGUCCUCUUUCAAGGUUUGGUGUAAUGUGGGUGCUUCCCAGUAACCACCCUGGCUUAGUUGGGGCUUGCUUUACAAUAAGCAAACAUUGCUAGCAAUUCUGGGUUUCAAUACAUCAAAGUCUUUGAGAAUUGGGUACAUUUCCCUCCACACAGUUAAAUAACAACAACAACAACCUAAACUCUGGAAAAAGUAUUUGGAAAAAUGGAUGAGUUUAUUUGCCAGCAAAAUUUAAAAACCU